AAGAGUGUUGAGGAGCGGGUUCCCGAGGCGGCGAGUGCCUCACUUGUGGGAUCUGAACGGCCGCAUGCCAGCCUCCAGGUCUGUUAUUGUCCACACAGUUGUACUACGUAUCGUCAUGUGAUAAGAAUUCAUGGUUGGUGAGAGAGAGAGUUGGGGGCACCGUGGUGCAUGGUGAGCGGUGCGGUGACAGCACGGGGAAGUGGUGGUAAUGGUGAAGCACAGACACACACACGCACUUUCGCACUUUCUCAGGUUUGUCUCAGAUCACUCGGCCUUGGGAAUUGAGAUGAACUAGAGCCAUGGAGGGGUCCGACCACGGUGAAGUGUUGACCAAGUUUGAGGAAAUAUUUGGAACGGUUGUUGAGCACGAAGUUAUUAAGAUGAUACUUCAGUCAUGUGGGUGGGAAUCGAGAAGUGCGACAGAAAUGUUACUAGCAAUGAUAGACCCUGAAGACCUUCCUUCUCGUGUGCGGAAUGCAUUAAUUGCAGAUUCUAUUGUUCAUAACUCUCCUAAGCAAUUUAGUGAUAGGAUGCCUGUGGAUGCUAGCAGUGUAAGUCGGACAGAUUCAUCAGAAACAUCAACUGCUAAUUCUGAAGAGUUGAAAAAAGAGUCUAUUAAUGUGUGUAAUAAACCUAAAAGUCGGGAAAGCACAAAAAGUGAGAGUAAAAGUUUACCAGAAUCUUUGGUCUCUGGCACAGUGCCUCAGUUAAGCAGUGGAAGUUCCAAUACUAAUAUGGGAGCAGGUAUUAAUACACCUACUUGCAAGUCAAAAAAUCAAACAGAAAUUGUAUCGCCCCAUAGCAGCCUUGAAGGAAUAUUGAGUGGGUCAUCUUCACCCUCUAUUUCUCCCCACAGAUCUGCAUUUGGGAUUGAUUUUGAGGUUAAUCGUGAGCGUGAUACUUCCAAUUGGGUUUUAGCACCAGAAUUUGUACCAAAUGAUUUUAAUCCAAAUGCUUUGGUCAAUAACAAUGGCCUCUGGCAUUUAGGAAUGAGCCCCAACUCGGAUCAAACCUUGCAGCCAUCAUCAAAGGGCAACCAAAAAAUUAAGCUAAAUAAAAAAGAUGAAAUUGUCAACAAAAUCUUGCUUGGUGCAAAAAUUAUGGUUCUUAUGCGAGGACUGCCAGGUUCUGGAAAAUCAACGUUGGCCAAAGAAAUGAAAGGCAGAACUGGUGUUAUUUUAUCAACAGAUGACUUUUUUUACAAUAAACAAGGAAAAUAUGAUUAUGAUCCUUCUCGGAUUGGCGAUGCACAUCAGUGGAAUAAACAUAGAGCACUCCAGAAACUACAGGAUGGGAAAACUCCCAUAAUAAUUGAUAAUACAAAUUUACAGGCAUGGGAAAUGAAACCAUAUGUUAAACUAGGCCUUCAAUAUGGCUAUGAAGUUGACAUUUUGGAUACAGAUACACCAUGGAAGCUUAAUCCAAAAGAGCUUGCCAAAAGAAAUUCACAUGGUGUGCCUAAAAACAAAAUUUUUGAAAUGAAAGGAAGAUACGAGAGAGAUGUAAAGAUUGAACAUAUCAUUGCUGAUCUACGGGGAUUCCCGGCACACACACACAAUAAAGUAAAUAAGGAUUGUGCAAGUUAUGGAAUAAAGUCCCAAGAAGAUGGGCAGAUUUUAUUCCCACAAAAUAUUAACGGCAGAAAAAGUUCCGAGAGGUCAUUAUCUCAGUUUUAUAAUGAGCUUAUGGAGGAAGGAGUUUGGUCUUCUGAAGAUGAUGAAGAUGAAGAUGAUGAUGUUGAUGUAAUAAUUGAAGGUUAUGAUUCAGAUGAUGAAAAACACACUGAUUGUGAAUGUGCCUCAGAUAGAAAGAAAAUAGAUAUUGAUUUAAAAUCUGUAAAUGAAAUUCAAAUUGUUGAUAAAUUAAAUGAAACUAAAGUUACUGAUAGCUCAAAAGAUUUUGGAUUUACAACACCAGACAUUGAAGAGAUUAAAGUUAUUAAUGAUGAAACAUUGAGUCAAAGUAUAGAAAACAAGGAAAAUGUUUUUAAGAAUAAAAAACUGGAAUGGGCAGAUGUACCUGAUGAAGAGAAAAUACGGAUAUUAAUUGAAGAAGCUAAUGCAGAUGUUGAUGUUGCAAAAAAUGAAACGGAUUGGCUUGACUUGACUUCACAGGUUAGCGAAAAGGAUGAUGUCAGUGACCAAAAGUUUAGUGAUCUGGUUAUGAGCUUUGGGUCCAUUGUAAAGGCACAGAUAAAAAAAGGUACUGAUGGAAUUAAUGUAGGAGCAAAGAUAUGCACAGAUGUUACUCAGAUAGAAGACACACUUAAUGAAGAUUCAGCCAUGUAUGAAUUGUGUAGUAAUGUGGAAGAAAAAACUGGGAAAUCUCUCUCAAUGCUUGUAACACGAUUUGGGAAUAAUGAAGAAGGCAUUAAUUUUUUGCCUGUGAAUAAUAAUCAAGACUCCCAUGAAGCUCAGGAAAGCUGUGCUGACAGAAGUUUGUUCUCAUUUAUAAGUUUAUCAGAGGCAACAUCAGAUUUAAUGAGCAACAUGGGUGAUAAGAAACAAAAUGUUUCAGGUGUAAUGAAAAAUCUUGAAGUUAAUAUCAAGAAUGAUAGCUUAGUUGAAUCAUUUAAUGCACAUGUUGCAUCAGCCAGUAAUGAGGGAGUAAUGUUAGGGAAAAACUUUGAUAAUCCUAGUCAGAUGUGUUGUAACUCCAGUUCUGAAGUUGAUUCUCAGAAUCUUGUAUUAAGUGAUAAGCAUGCAGAAGACGGGAAAGAAGAGAUUAAAAUUGAUAAUAGUAUUAUGAGUUUGACAACAGAAGAUAAGAUCUCUGAAACAAAUAUUACAAGUGCUGAAGACAAAAUUACACUAACGACUUGUAAAACAUUAUCACAAGAUGAUAAAUCUGGAGAGUUUAAUAUUAAAGGUGUAAAUGCUGCUCAUCAGGAUGUCAGCCAUAAUUCUGUAGUUGAAGAUUGCUUAACAUCUUGGGAAUGUGUAGAUAUAACUGCAGGAGAAAGUUCUCUGAACUGGGAUUCUUCUGAAAAAGUUAAAGCUAAUGUUUCCGAGUUACAGUGUUCUAAACCAAAUAGAACUAGACGUAAGAGAAUAUCUGGUGAUCCAGCCAAGUGGCUAGGUGACACUGAUGAAAAGAAUGAUACAUUAGAGGAUCCUUCCAUAUCAUCGUGGAAUCCGGUUCAAAGUGGUAUCCCCUCAUGGGACAGUAAUAUACCAACUGUAUUAUCUGGCUCUGAAAAUCCACUAAAGAGGGGAACUGAGGAGUUAAAAUGUGAUACAUCUGUUAAACCACUGCCUCACACUGGUGCGGUACCAAAGUUUAGGAGACGAAGACAGCAGACCGGAACUCGCUCGCCUGCUAGUACCAGCUCGGGUAAUUCUGAUGACCAAGUGGCAAACAAUAAAAUCGACAAUCUUUUACCAGGUAUAGAAAAAAACAUAUGUGAUGUUGAGAAAAGUGUCACACUUACACACAUCGCUGCAGAAACUCAAACACAGUCUAUUGACUUUGAAGCUCUGCAACUAGAUAACAAUCUUUAUGAGUUAAAAAUCAUAUAUGGGCAACCAGGUUAUAUUACCAAGGAUGACAUAGAUAUUUCAGAUAGUGGCCCAUUAACCAAGGGAAAACUGUAUCUAGAUAAAGGUACCAUGACAGAAAAUGAAUCUGACAUAAUAACUGUAGUUGACUCUCUUAAAAAUCUUGUUGCCUUCUUUCCAAACAUUCCAGAGGAUGAUCUUCAAGAUGUACUAGAAAAAUGCAAGUAUGACUUAGAUUGGGCUAUGAAUGUUUUGUUAGAUAGUGGGUAUGAAAUGUCAGAUCUCAGUGAUGCAAACAUUACCUACCAAGAACCUAAGGAAAUGGACAUCGACACAGAAUCAACAACUGAGACAACAAGUACAGGGGAUGGAAGAGAUGACCCUUCCUCAUUUGCUGAUGCAAGUGACAUAUCUUCAGAUAUAUUAGUCGAAGAAAAAUCUAGAAAGUUUAAGCAGAGUCAGCAACCAAAAGAUUUGGCUAGCAAGAAAGAAAUUGAAUGUGCUUUCAAUUUCAGUGAUUCUGUCGAUGACAGAAUAACAAGGUUAACAGGUAAAGAUGUUGGUAAUCUGAACAUGACGAAAGUAAAGCAGAUGAAAGCAAAAAGGAAUCGAGAUAAGGAAAAUAUAUCGAGCAACAGCAAAAAGUCAAGUGGAGACAGUACCAGUGGAGAUGAUGCAGAAGGAGCCCAAUACAUAACACUAGUUAUGGACCCUCUGUUUGCUACUCAACUUACAAGAAUGUUUGGUCCUGUUGGUUCUUGUGAGAUAAGUGGAGAUUUGACUCCAGAGGACCAAAGUGUUAUUCUUCCUUUAGAAUUUUGCCUCAUGAUACACAAGUACUGGGCUCUUACUCUUGAUGGCAAAUUCAAACAUGAAGCAGAGGUUCUUGACAGUCUUAUUCGUGAAGAUGAAAGCCUUGCUCGGCGUUUACAAGAGGAAGAAGAUUUGGAAAGUUCUAGAAAUGAGAAUAAACAUGAGAACUCAGAUGAAGUUUUCCAAAAAGACCCACCUACUCAGUUACAAGAAAUUAUGGAUCUAGAACAGGCACUACAACAAAGCCAAGGAGAUAAAUCGUCUGAUAAUCUCACAAUUUCUUCUCGUCUCACUUUACAGCGUUUAUAUGCUGAAUAUCCUCACGUUGAUCCCAAUGCCCUGAGAGAGGAAUUUACAAGACGUGGUUUUAGUUACCAAGAUACUGUAGAAAGCCUUUAUAAACAAUAUGGUGCUGAACAAGGAGCCCCCAAAACUGUAAUUGCCCCAGAAGCUUUAGAUAGGUAUGAGCAACAAAUGAUCCAACAAGCACAGCGAAAUAGCUUAGUUCAACAAGAGCAGGAAGAUUAUCUUGCCACACAAGAGAGUGAAGAUGAGCUAAUCCCAGAUGAUCCUCAGGUGUAUCGAAAUGAAGCCCAAUUACAUUAUCAUCAACGUCAAGAGGCAUUCAAAAAGGCGCAGGAAGCAUCAGGACAGGGAAUGAAAGCAGCUGCUGCAUACUAUGCUCGUAUAGGAAAUUUACACUCUUCAAAAUUAAUUGAGGCCAAUCAGCGAGCAUCCCAGAAGAUACUAGAAGCAACCAAUGCUAACAGAAAAGAUGCGAAUUGUUUGGAUUUGCAUCUUUUACAUGUUCCUGAGGCAUUGAGUGCAGCCCAAGCAUUCCUUGCAGAGCGACAGCGUGUCCUAACAGCACGAGGAAUAAGACAGAUGAAAGUUUCUUUAAUUACAGGUCGAGGGGCUCAUAGUAUUGGAGGACAGGCAAAAUUAAAACCUGCUAUAAAAGAAUUUCUUCAGAAAAGUAACUUCUUGUUCCAUGAAGCAAACAGUGGAAUGUUUACUGUUACAUUAAAAUCAUAGGUUUCAGAACAUUUUUGAAAAUACAAAAGUAAAUGUUUACAGCAAUAACAAAACAUAAAUCAAGUAUUAUGAAAGUCAUCUUGCACUGUUUAGUGUUUGUGGUUGUACAGUUAAAAUUAAGUUAUUGAGUGACUUUGAGUUUUGUGCAAUGACCAUUUACGGUAUGAGCUUAAGUAUCAAGAAAGUGCUACUGUAUGUGCCUAUUAAGUUUUGGUUGAGUGUCAAGACGGUAGCAUUUGUGUGCAUACGGUACAGUAGUGUGAUGUUAAUGUUUGCCAUUUUAUUGACCCCCAAAUCCUAGAAAUUUGCCCAUUAAUAGCAAAUAAUUUGAUGUGGAUACAUGCCUUCAUAUGCACUACUGUAUUGAUAUAAAUUAUUUGAAAUUUUAUAUAGAAUGAAGCGAGUAGAUAUUUGUGGGCAAUUUUCAAUGAAGGGCAAGUAUCCUUACAAAAGAUGCAAUGUCCUAAAUAUUUUAAUAUUUUGUAACGUCCUAAAUAUUUUAAUAUUUUGUAACUCAUUUAUUACAGUUUAAAACAAAUGCAGAUUAUAGCCAUAAUUUUUAUAUGCUAGUUGUUUUUUGCUAUUAUGGUACAGUGUUUUCAAAUUUCUGGUGUACUUUCUAAUACCGUAUUGUAUAUGAAAUUUUAAAAAAAUUUAAUUUGCUAAUCUAUAAAAUUUUAGUUAGAAAUAUAACAUGCAUAACUUACUGUGGGCUUUUAUAAACACUGAAGAUUAAAGAGAUGCGGUGCUAUUAUGUGAUAUUGUUCAUUCAUUUAGCUAGUAUUGUUCAUGACAUUGUGCUUGGGGAGGGGGGGAAAUCUUUGCUGACUGAUACUGAUAAUAGUUUUAUUUCUAUAUUUUAUGAAACUUGAAUAUAAUGGCUAAUAUGUUGUCAAUUGUACUGAUUUGGUUGAUGUAGCUUUAGUUCCACAUUUUAUAAAUAUGUAUAGUAAGUAAUACAUAAACAACAUAUUUUUAUUUAAAAUGGCUUUUAAUAUGUUGUCUUAUUCUACUUUGCAGCUAUGCUACUGUGUGAAUUCAAAGAUGAUUAGAAGUACUGUAAAU